GGUUUUCCUGUCACUUUUCAGUUCACACCCGUAUUCACGCGAUUUCGCUCAUAGGACACUGUGGACUAAAAAGGUGCACACAUAAACGCAUAUACUGAUAAAUAAUUAGAUACUAUCAUGGUAGGCUACUGUCCAAUUUGCGGGAAGCCUGUCUACUUUGGUGAGAAGAAGAGGUCCUUAGGGAGAGACUACCAUCCUCUGUGUCUGAAGUGUCAGAAGUGUAACAGACAGCUCACCCCUGGACAACAUGCUGAGUAUGAUGAGAAGCCAUACUGUACACACUGCUAUCUGAAGAUGUUUGGACCGAGAGGUAACAGGUAACUGACGUCGGUGUGGCACAGUAUAUCCCCUCAACAAAAGCCAGGAUGAGGCAAAAAUGAACAAAUGCUGACAUUUAAAAGAUCCGGUUUAUAUAAGGCAAAAGAUAAAGGAGUGAAUAAAUAAUAAUGAAGGACCGGAAUAUACUGUAAACCUUAUAGGACAGAGUGAGCUCUCUUUGUUCCCUUUUGACGAAUUAAAAUAUUUAUAAAUGUGGUAGAACUAGGCAAUGCUAUGUAUAUGUGACUGUUCACUUUUGUAAUGUAAAUUAAUUUGGAUGUAGAAAAGUGUGAGUCAGUGCAAAUAAAUACAUUUUUUGAAUGUUGCAGCAUCAAA